ACUUCAGCUGUAAGGAACAUCUGGUGACAGACGACUCAGUGAUUCCUGGGUCUUCCAAAUGAAGAGUAAAACGGCCAUCGACCAUUUCAAACUAUCAUGUCUUGGCUUUUUAAUUCUGAAUGAUAAGUCUUCGACUAUGCUUAAUCCCGUUAUAUUUUUCGACACCUAUAACAGCAUCCUUUGAUCCUCUCGUUUUUAAGCCGUGAUGAGUGUACUGCGGAUGGAGGAGGGCGCUUUUCGGGAGGAGCUCGACUACGCUUUCCUUGCUCAGACUAUUUCUCUCUCUCUCUCUCUUGGCCCCCACCUCCUUCCCUCCACCCCCUCUCUCUCUCCCCCUCUCUUUUUUCUUAUUGGUGAUCCAUUUCCAGGCAACGUGCUACUGGGUGCUGAUGCUGCCGAUCGUUGCUGCUCUCUUUGCGCUGCUGUCCUGCAUCUCGACUACAAGCUCCUCAACACCAUCCUGCUUUAAUUCUUCAAGUAGCUGUCUGGUGGCAUUUGCUCGAUUAUAUGUACCUUCUCCAACAGUUGUUUAACGUGUAUAACUGUCGGGAUUUUGAUUUACAAAUCUUUCUCACGUUUAAAGCAAGCCUAAAAGCAAGGCUAUGUCAUUUUCUACAUUUCCGUAAAUUUGUGAACAGGGAAGUUUGCUUAAUUCUUUUGGAAUUUUAGGUCGAUUGCGGAGAAUGUGUUAUGUGUCUAUGAUACUGCCAUUCAAUUAUACACACUAGAGCUGUGCUCGCUUUUGAAGAAUCCGACCAAAGGAAAUAUCCGACUUUGCAGUGCUUCUGUUCAUCUCUCGCCGUGUCUGUCGUGGAUUUUCUUUUUAGCGCCCAAUAUUUGAGGAAUAUAUAACCAAGUUCAACAUGUUUUGAUUACUGAUUGCGAUUGUGAGACGGAAGCCAAGUGGAUUCAAUACGGCUAUUUCUUUAUGCAAAAGCGCCAAAAAGUGACGCGAUCUCUGCAAAGAAGACAAAACGCCCCUUUUCUGGAGUCUUUAUACCUUUGCCAGCUAUUCACGAGGCAACCAGGAGUUAAAAGUAUUUUGUGCGUGUCGUUCCGCCUUCGAUUUUAAAAGGAAACGGAGAUGGAAGUUUUCUCGGUAAUGUUGGUUUUGCCCCUAUUCUGGACUCUAACCUGGGACUCGGUGGUUUCGGAUUCUAUUAUUCAUAUAGGGGCAAUUUUUGAUGAAUCUGCCAAAAAGGAUGAUGAAGUAUUUCGCUUGGCAGUGGCCGACCUCAACCUUAACGAGGAAAUCUUAUCAACAGAGAAAAUCACUUUUUCUGUGACAUUUGUGGAUGGAAACAACCCAUUCCAGGCUGUGCAGGAAGCCUGUGAUCUAAUGAACCAAGGAAUCUUGGCAUUAGUCAGCUCUAUUGGUUGCAUGUCUGCAGGAUCAUUGCAGUCACUGGCUGAUGCCAUGCACAUUCCCCAUCUAUAUAUUCAGCGUGCUCCAUCUGGCACACCACGGUCUAGUUGCAGCGUCACCCACCCAACCAAAUCUGAAGAUUACACACUAUUUGUAAGACCUCCAGUGUACCUCAAUGAGGUCAUCCUUAAAGUCAUUGCUGAAUAUGCCUGGCAAAAGUUUAUCAUCUUUUAUGAUACAGAAUAUGAUAUCCGUGGCAUUCAAGACUUCUUGGACAAAGUUUCACAACAAGGAAUUGAUGUUGCACUUCAAAAAGUGGAAAACAACAUUAACAAGAUGAUAACAGGAAUGUUUACAACAAUGCGGAUUGAAGAACUAAAUCGCUACAGGGACACUUUGAGGAGAGCCAUUCUAUUUAUGAGCCCAUCCACUGCAAAAGCUUUUAUUUCUGAGGUAGUAGAAACUAACCUUGUUGCAUUUGACUGUCAUUGGAUCAUCAUAAAUGAGGAAAUGACUGAUUUGGAUGUACAAGAGCUUGUUAGAAGAUCCAUUGGAAGAUUAACACUUAUAAGGCAGAUAUUUCCUUUGCCACAAAAUACCAGUGAACGCUGUGUUCGAGGCAACCACAGAAUUUCUACUUCACUCUGUGAUCCGAAGGAGCUUUACUCACAAAACAUGGAGAUUACUAAUCGUUACAUCUAUGACACUGUACUAUUACUGGCAAAUGCUUUUCAUAAAAAGCUGGAAGAUCGAAAAUGGCACAGUAUGGCAAGUUUAACAUGCAUUCGUAAGAAUUCAAAGCCAUGGCAGGGUGGACGAUCAAUGUUAGAAACAGUCAAAAAGGGUGGUGUUAGUGGAUUAACCAGUCUUCUGGAAUUUAAUGACAAUGGUGUGAAUCCAAAUAUAUACUUUGAAAUUCUUGGAACAAACUAUGGAGAAGACCUUGGCAGAGGUGUUCACAAAUUAGGAAGCUGGACUCCAAUCUCCGGACUGAAUGGCACCCUUACGGACAGGAAACUGGAGAAUAAUAUGCGUGGAGUAGUUCUACGUGUUGUGACAGUACUGGAGGAACCUUUCGUAAUGGUAUCUGAAAAUGUGUUGGGAAAACCAAAAAAAUAUAGGGGAUUCUCUAUUGAUGUUCUUGAUGGUCUGUCAAGUUACUUGGGAUUCAAAUAUGAAAUCUACAUAGCUCCGGAUCAUAAGUAUGGAAGUCCACAGUCAGAUGGAUCCUGGAAUGGCUUGAUUGGAGAACUGGUGUUCAAGAGAGCUGAUGUGGGAAUUUCAGCUUUAACCAUUACCCCAGACCGAGAAAAUGUGGUUGACUUCACUAGUCGUUAUAUGGACUAUUCAGUUGGAGUGCUGUUAAAAAAAGCUGAAAGGACAAUGGACAUGUUUGCCUGCCUAGCACCAUUUGAUCUAUCUCUUUGGGCCUGCAUAGCUGGUACAGUCCUGCUGGUUGGCUUACUAGUCUAUCUGUUGAACUGGUUUAACCCCCCUCGUCUGCAAAUGGGAUCUGUUACAUCCACAACGCUCUAUAAUUCCAUGUGGUUUGUGUAUGGCUCCUUUGUUCAACAAGGUGGAGAGGUUCCUUACACAACCCUGGCAACUCGAAUGAUGAUGGGUGUCUGGUGGUUGUUUGCAUUAAUUGUCAUUUCAUCCUACACUGCAAAUUUGGCAGCUUUCCUCACCAUCACCCGAACAGAGAAUUCUAUACAGUCCCUGCAAGACCUCUCCAAACAGACAGAAAUUCCCUAUGGCACAGUGCUGGAUUCUGCUGUAUAUGACCAUGUGAGAACAAAAGGAAUGAACCCAUUUGAAAGAGAUGGCAUGUAUUCCCAAAUGUGGAAAAUGAUGAACAGAAGUGGUGGUCCUGAAAACAAUGUAGAGGAAUCUCAGGAGGGCAUUCGAAGGGUGCGGUAUGGAAAUUUUGCCUUCGUGUGGGACGCUGCUGUCCUGGAGUAUGUGGCCAUCAAUGAUGCGGACUGUUCCUUUUAUACAGUUGGCAAUACAAUUGCUGACAGGGGAUAUGGGAUUGCCCUUCAACAUGGUAGCCCAUACAGAGACAUAUUUUCACAAAGGAUUCUGGAACUUCAACAAAAUGGCGACAUGGACAUACUGAAGCAGAAAUGGUGGCCUAAAGAUAAUCAAUGUGACCUUUAUUCUCCAGUGAACACCAAGCAAAAAGGAAGUGCACUGGACAUUAAAAGCUUUGCAGGGGUUUUUUGCAUUCUGGCUGCUGGCAUAGUUUUAUCUUGUUUCAUUGCAAUGUUGGAGACAUGGUGGAACAAAAGGAAAGGUUCCAGAGUGCCAUCCAAGGAGGAUGAUAAAGAGAUAGAUCUAGAGCACCUCCAUCGAAGAGUGAACAGUCUCUGCACAGAGGAUGACAGUCCUCACAAGCAAUUCUCCACUUCUUCAAUUGAUCUGACGCCCCUGGAUAUUGAUUCUCUUCCCACACGUCAAGCACUAGAACAGAUUAGUGAUUUCCGGAACACACACAUCACCACCACAACUUUCAUCCCAGAGCAGAUCCAGACUCUAAGCCGUAGCCUCUCUGCCAAAGCUGCUUCUGGUUUUGCCUUUGGAGGUGUACAAGAUCAUCGAACUGGUCCUUUUAGGCAAAGAGCUCCCAAUGGAGGCUUCUUCAGAAGUCCCAUGAAGACAAUGUCAUCAAUCCCAUACCAGCAAACUCCUUCUCCUGGGUUCAACUUUGGCAAUGACCCUGACCGAGGCACCUCAAUAUAAGUAGUACUAUAGUCUUCUGUGGAUGGGAUAGGGUUGCU